UGAAAGCACUCAGGUUACAGAGAGAAAGGGCUGUUUGUGUGCUGGUGUGAGGUAGCAGCAACCCAUACCCCACGGAGCCCUGGAACAAGCCGGCUCUGGGAGAGCAGCGGAACCCACGCCCACGGCAGAAGGGCAGCGUGGGGCGAGCCUGGCCGAGGGGAGGUCUGCACCCAGGGCUGCUCUCUGGAGCAGGCUGCGGCUCUCCCUGGGACUGCCGGUCCAGAGGCGGCCUGUGCCCACAGCAGCCUCGUGGAGCGAUCCCCGCCGCCAGCAAGAAUGCCCACAGUAGAUGACAUCCUAGAACACAUCGGGGACUUUCACUUUUUUCAGAAACAAACCUUCUUCCUCUUGUCUCUGCUCUCUGUUACCUUCGCCCCCAUCUACGUGGGCAUCGUCUUCCUGGGCUUCACCCCGGACCACCGCUGCCGGAACCCCGGGGUGGCUGGGCUCAGCCAGCGGUGUGGCUGGAGCCGGGACGAGGAGCUGAACUACACCGUGCCCGGCCUGGGGGCCGAGGGCGACGCCUUCACUCGCCAGUGCCGCAGGUAUGAGGUGGACUGGAAUCAAAGCGCCCUCGGCUGCGUGGACCCGCUGGCCGGCCUGGCCACCAACAGCAGCCACCUGCCCCUGGGGCCCUGCGGGCACGGCUGGGUGUACGACUCGCCCGGCUCCUCCAUUGUGACCGAGUUUAACCUCGUGUGUUCCAACUCCUGGAUGCUGGAUCUGGUCCAGUCGGCGGUGAAUGUGGGAUUUUUUAUCGGGUCCAUGGGGAUCGGUUACAUAGCAGACAGAUUUGGCCGUAAGCUCUGCCUCUUAAUUACAAUCCUCAUAAAUGCCACAUCUGGAGUUCUCAUGGCCAUCUCUCCCACCUACACAUGGAUGUUAAUUUUCCGCCUGAUCCAAGGACUGGUCAGCAAGGCAGGUUGGGUAAUAGGCUACAUCCUGAUUACAGAAUUUGUCGGGCUGAGCUACCGGAGAACAGUGGGGAUCUUGUACCAAGCUGCGUUCACCAUGGGGCUACUGGUGCUGACUGGGGUGGCAUAUGCACUUCCUCACUGGAGGUGGCUGCAGUUCACCGUGACGCUGCCCAACUUCUGCUUCUUGCUCUAUUACUGGUGCCUUCCCGAGUCGCCGAGGUGGCUCAUCACCCAGAACAAAAAUGCUAAGGCCAUGAAGAUCAUCAAGCACAUCGCAAAGAAAAACAGAAAACGGCUGCCGGCUUCUCUCCAGAGCCUGCGACCUGAUGAGGAAGUUGGCAAGAAGUUGGAUCCUUCAUUCCUUGACUUGGUCAGAACCCCUCAGAUCAGGAAACACACUUUGAUUUUGAUGUACAACUGGUUCACAAGCUCCGUUCUCUACCAGGGCCUCAUCAUGCACAUGGGCCUCGCAGGGGGUGACAUCUACCUGGACUUCUUUUACUCUGCCCUGGUGGAAUUCCCAGCUGCCCUCAUCAUCAUCCUCACUAUCGAUCGCAUUGGCCGCCGGUAUCCUUGGGCAGGGUCAAAUAUGGUGGCAGGGGCAGCCUGUCUGGCCUCAGUUUUUAUCCCCGAUGAUCUACAGUGGCUAAAAGUUACUGUUGCAUGCCUAGGCAGAAUGGGGAUUACCUUGGCCUAUGAAAUGGUCUGCCUCGUCAAUACAGAAUUGUACCCCACUUUCAUCAGGAAUCUUGGCGUCCUCGUCUGCUCCUCGAUGUGUGACAUCGGCGGCAUCCUCACGCCCUUCCUGGUGUACCGGCUCACCGACGUCUGGCACGAACUCCCACUGAUGGUUUUUGUGGUCGGCCUGAUCGCUGGAGGGCUGGUGUUGCUGCUGCCAGAGACCAAAGGGAAGACUUUACCUGAGACGAUAGAGGAAGUGGAAAAUAUGCAAAGACCAAGAAAAAGUAAAGAAAAGAUGAUUUAUCUGCAAGUCAAGAAACUAGACAUUCCAUUAAGCUAAGAAGAGAGACCGUUACCCCUGCGACGGCCCCACUUGGAUGGUACCCAGGCCAGAGUCAGCGUUCUUCACGCACCACCAAACGCGUACAGCCCUCCUGCCUCCCCUGAACCCUGUCAUCUUAGAUUUAUAACCAAGUGGAAUAUGUUGUACUAUUGGAUAAAACUCUAUCUGUGGGAUUUAAUCCUGCCAAGUCCCUCCAGCUCCCAGUAUUCCCAGAUUCCAUAGGACAAUGACCAUUGGCUUGCUGGGUUGGUUUUUUUUUUUCCACCUUUGUAUUUCUUUUCCUUUUUUUCAAUCCUUUCCCCACAUGGAACCCAAACACAUAGGGGAACUGUGAGCCAGGGAAACAGAACAGAAAUGAUCUGAAAGCAAUAAAGUUGGAAGUAGGGAAUGUGUUUUCUUAAGGAAAUAAAACACCCAGAACAGUU